AUGGCGGACAAUUUCUACCUGAACCUGCUCGACUGGAGCAGCAAGGGCGUGGUGGCCAUCGGGCUGGGAAGCGCCGUGCACGUGUGGAACAGCGAGACGGGGUCCGUGAGCGAGGUGGUGUCGGGCGACAGCGAUGUCACGUCCGUCGCGUGGGCCGACAACGGAACGCACCUCGCGGUCGGAUUUGAAGACCACGCGGAUUGCGUGCAGCUCUGGGCUGUCGAGCCGUGCAGGAAGAUUCGCGACUUGGCGGGGCACAGCGACCGCGUGAGCGCGAUGCACUGGGGAGCGUCGUACCAGCUCGCGACGGGCAGUCGAGACACGUCCAUCAUCACGCACGACGUGAGACUGGCCAGCAACGUGGUAUCCCGCCUGCGUGGAGUGCACAGGGACGAGGUGUGCGGGCUCCGCUUCGCGCCCAUCUCCUCCGCCGGCAUCAGCGGCGGAUCCGCUGCCACCGUGCUCGCCAGCGGCGGCAACGACAACCUCGUCGCCGUCUGGGACCUCCGCCGCGCCGCUUCCGCUGCCGCCUCUGCUGCCUCCCUGGCGGGAACGGCUGGCGCUACCUCUGGCAUGGAGGCGAACCCGACAGCGCAAGCGUGCGUGCAUCGGUUCCCGCAGCACCAGGCCGCGGUCAAGGCCCUUGCAUGGUGUCCCACACAGCGACACAUGCUGGCGACGGGCGGCGGGUCAAGCGACAAGAGCAUCAAGGUGUGGAACGCGCAAGAGGGGUCGCUGCUGUCGUCCACAUUCACCGGGUCGCAGGUCACGGGCCUGUCGUGGGGGCCUUCGUCGCGCCACCUCAUCAGCGCGCAUGGCUACAGCGAGAAUGCCAUCUGCGUGUGGGCCGUUGGCGCGGGCGCGAGCGCAACUGCGACUGCAAGCAUGAGCGGUGGCCCGGGAGCGGGUGUUGCGGGAGCGGGUGUUGCGGGAGCUGGCUCCUCCUUGCUGCAAGUGGGCAAGCUUACAGGAUCUUUCCGAGCCAACAAACCGCCUACCGCCCUCCCUCUCUCCGCUCGGUCGCCUGCUGCGACCAAGACCCAAGGCAAGCCCGCGAACCCUACUCCCUCUUAG